GUAUUCACCGGAAAGCAGGGGUUGCCAAAAUUAAUUACUAUGCUAAGUUCUUGUUACCUUUUCCUUUCCCAACACCACUGGCCACUUUCGAGAGCCAUGGACCGUUGCUUUUCUCUUGCCGCCGAUUGAAUCGGUUUUCUGGGCCGAUUAAUUUCUAAAGAUGAAUUGUGGCACUAAUCCUAUGAUUCAAGUUGUUUGUCCCAAACCUCGUCCAGUAAGGCAUCCAAUUUGUCAUUCCAAAUUGAGUAAUCAAGCUGAAACCUUGGAUUCAAAAGCUGGAACAGAACUUUUUGAUCUCAUCCUAAAAGAGGAUGGCGUAGCUGCAAUGCGAUCAGCAUCAUCUCCUCCUUUUUUCACAGGGUCACCGCCUAGCCGAGCGAUGAAUCCAUUAAUUCGUGAUGUGUACUUUGCAAACUAUGGAAAGCAAUUAACCUGUACUUUAUCAUCAUCACCAAGUCCAUCUACUUCAGCUUCACCUUCUCCAUCAUCGAGUUGUAAAGGAAGGUCAUGCGCAAGGACAAGACUUGAGGCAACUCAAGCAACAAAUAGAGUGGAAGGCUUUGAUUGCCAAAACUCUCGCCUGACUGCUAUGGUUUGAACCUUCCUUUAUGAACUGUAAAUGAAAGGAAUUUUAACAGCUGAAUGUGAUUUUGUUUACUAUAAGAACCUAUCCAUAAGAAAAAGAUAAAAGAAAAUUUUGACUAGAAAAAAGAAGACAAUUUUUGGAUGGUAAUUAGCAAUAGAGGCAAGUUUGAAUUUUUCUUGUAUAUUAUGCAAGGAUGUCUAUCUCUAGCAAUUUUUGAUGUAAGGUGGUUGAUAGCUAGGUGAUAAAUUUUGUUCGUUGCCUGUAUAUAUCUAAGUGUAAACAGGAGUGAUUUUCUUGAAAAUAUGUAAUAUUGUAUAUAUGGUGGAUCUGUAUUUUUAAAUCGUGGGGUAGAUUCCGUUCGGUGGUACUUUAUAAAUGGUAAUUUAGUUA